AUGUCACCUUUUCAAGCCUUGUAUGGUUAUUUACCUCCUCACCUGGAAUUCCGCACCAAGGAUACCACCUCUGUUGCAGCUUUACAUGAAAAUCUAACUAAGAGAGAUCACAUGCUUCAACUUCUUAAAGAGGAUCUUCUUCAGGCUCAAGAUAAGAUGAAGCUAUUUGCAUAUAAAAAAAGAGUUGAAAGGGUGUUUGCAGUGGAAGAUUUAGUCUUUAUGAAGCUACAACCCUACAUGCAAUCCUCUGUAGCUAUGAGGAAAAACUUCAAGUUAUCUUCUAAAUAUUAUGGUCCUUUUGAAGUUUUACAGAAAAUUAGAGUCGUUGCUUACAAACUCAAGCUACCAGUGGGAUCUAGGAUCCGCCCAGUCUUCCAUGUCUCUCAAUUAAAGAAGAAGAUUGGUGAACAUGCCACUACAACAUCUACAUUACGCUGGUGGAUGCUAAUGGGGCUUUUAUUGUGGCACAAAUAG